UGUCAGUGUGCGUUUUCGAGAAGGAGGAAAAAGAUCUCUUUGUUGUCAAAAUAAAGUUUUCGAGUCGCAGCAGUCAGUCAGUCAGUCGUCGUCCCAGCAGGCCAUCAAAAAGCAGCAGCGCAGCCAUUCGCGGAUCCAACUCGGGGGUAGAAAAAAAGAUUAUUCUUUCGUCGUUCGCCUAUUUUUCUCGGAAAAUUCAUCGUCGCAGACGUUCGGAAAUUCGUUGUGAAAAAGUUUUCGGGUGAUUCAUCAAAUUGGGGGAAGUGCAAGUGCAAUUUCGUUCGAUUUUAGUCAUCGGGAGUGGAAGUGGAAGUUGGGAAGGUAGUGCUCCGGAAGAGUAGUUGUGCCAAGUUCUUUUUUCUCGGUCGCCAACGGAUGGAUUUUGAGGCAGUGGCCAGCAGAAGUUUGUAAAUUUUACUCGGAAAAGGUCAAAUUGGGAAUUGGAAGUGUCGAAUUGUACUUUGGAGGUCAGUGAAAGGAAGAGUUUUCCACUGAAAAUCGCACUAAUUACAACAGUGCAGUUUAAGGCAGCAAAAGCAGCAGCAGAUACUGUUCACUGAAUUGUCGGUGCUGUUUUAGCUCAGCUCGGUGACGAUAUCGUGACUGAGUGAAGACAUCAGAACUAGGAGGAGGAGGAGGAGGAGGAGGACCAGAUAAAGCAAAUAUGUCUUCGCAGCCUUCCAGUUCCGCAGUUCGCGCUCUGUCACUGGAGUACAAAAGCCUCCAGGAGGAACCGGUGGAAGGUUUUCGAGUCAAACUGCUGAAUGAAGACAAUCUCUUCGAGUGGGAGGUCGCAAUUUUUGGACCGCCAGAUACGCUAUACCAGGGCGGUUAUUUUAAGGCUCAUAUGAAAUUUCCUCCUGAUUAUCCGUAUUCUCCUCCAUCAAUACGUUUCUUGACAAAAGUUUGGCAUCCAAAUGUGUAUGAGAAUGGCGACCUCUGCAUCUCGAUUCUGCAUCCACCGGUUGACGAUCCGCAAAGUGGCGAACUGCCGUGCGAAAGGUGGAAUCCUACACAGAACGUUAGAACCAUCCUGCUAUCCGUGAUCUCACUGCUCAACGAGCCAAACACCUUCUCUCCAGCGAACGUAGACGCCUCGGUCAUGUACCGGAGAUGGCGGGAUUCGCAGGGUAAAGACAAUGAGUACCCCAACAUCAUUAGGAAACAAGCACAAGCCGCUAAAGCUGAGGCAGAAAAAGAAGGUAUCAUCGUACCUACCACCCUAGAAGAAUAUUGCAUCAAAUCCAAAACGAAACCUAGUAGUCAAGAACCUCAGCUCGACAUGACUGACUUCUAUGACGAUGACUACGAUUUAGACACCGAAGACGACGAUCAAGGCUCGGUCGAAUCCUUCGCCGACGGUGAUGACAGCGGUAACGGUGAGUCAUAACAGACUAACUAAGCACGUAGCCUGUAGCGCAUUGGUUCAGUUUAAUUUACUAUAUAUAUUUGUAAUUAUUUUAAAUUGACCCGAGACGGCAAACUGGAGCGAAACUGAAAAUAAAAGAAAAAAAUUAAGAUUGAUGCAAAUCAUUCGCUUAGACGAUUUUAUCAGAGGAGAAAAUCUGAUUUUUUUUUUAAUUUUUUGUGUUUAUAGUUAUUAUUGAAAUAUUGUUUUGACUUUUGUGAACGUCGAUUGUUGUCGACUGAAGAAACGGUUUGAAGAAAAUUCAAUCAUUUAGCUCUACUUAGAAAGAUAUUUCUUUUAAAACAACAAUCUAUGACCCGAAAACAUUAACUUAAGCCCAAUUAAAGUUAUGUUUCAUCCAUAAACAACACCCAUAUUUUGCGUUCCAUGUUCGGCACAGAUGAUUUUUUUUUCUGUAUAUAAUCAAAAUUUAAAAUUGAUAGGAAAAUUAAAUGAAGGACUAGAACCCAACCCAGAUACAUAAAAUGCUUUGAAAAUUGGUUUUAAGUUUCUAAAAUGCUUGCAAUGAAUAAGAUUAUCGUAGAAAACCCGUGACUAGUAUGGUGGGAACCCACAAAACGUCAAUGAAAGCUUAGAAAAGAUAAAUAGCAACAAAUGAAAAGGUAGUUUACACCAUUUGGCAUUGUGUCGUUUGACAUCAUAUCUUUCUUGGUGGAAAUGGAUAAUUCUACAGUCUACUCUCCACAUCUUGAUGUUCUACAUCUCGAUAUCUCUCCGUACGUCGAUCCCUUGUUUUUGCAUACAUUUUCUCUCUUUGUAUCACGAUAUCCCCAUUAUCUACUGGAGAUAUGGAAACUCGAUGUGUUCUUGUAAUUAUUAUUAUUAUUAUAUCUUUACAAUAGUGGCUUUUCGGCCAUUGCAAGUUCCCCACUUAUGUGUUGUUGUAGGUUUCAUUCCCGAUUUUCUCUCCGGAUAUUAAUAUGCCCUCUC